CUCUUUUAGUAUUGUCCAAUGGAACAGGGAUCAAGUAAACUCUUUCUUAUGUCCAAGAUUUUGACCGUGACUGUGAGGUUUAUAAUAAAAGAUGCUGAGAAUAAGAAGGCUUCUUUUAAUCCGAGACCAUAUUUCAGAUUGUUUAUCAACUGGCUGUUAGAUCUUGGCUCCUUGGACCCUGUCACUGAUGGUGCAAAUUUUCAGAUUUUGGCGGCCUUUGCCAAUACAUUUCAUGCUCUCCAGCCCCUUAAAGUUCCUUCCUUCUAGUAAGAUUUGUCAGCUAAGUUUUCUUGAGAAUAUUGCAUCCAGUAAGAUGAAGUUAGCAAAGCACGAACUUGUUGGGCAUCAAUAUUCGGCUUGCACGUUUACAAUCUUUGAAGAUGUCAUCAUCAGCCCUUCUGUUAGUUCUUAUGGCCGUUGCUUGCUGUGCUUUUAUAGCUUUGCAUGGUUAGAGCUUGUCAGUCACAGGACUUUCAUGCCAAAAUUGCUCUCUGGGAAUUCUCAGAAGGGUUGGCCCUAUAUCCAACGUUUGCUAGUGGACUUGCUUCUGUUCCUGGAGCCAUUUUUGAGUAAUGCUGAGCUUGGAGUGCCGGUUCACUUUCUGUAUAAAGGCACACUCAGGGUGCUUCUGGUUCUGCUUCACGACUUUCCCGAGUUCCUGUGUGAUUAUCAUUUUACCUUUUGUGAUGUGAUUCCUACGAGCUGCAUACAAAUGCGCAAUAUCAUCCUUAGUGCUUUUCCACGCAGUAUGAGGCUGCCCGAUCCAUCUACUCCCAACUUAAAGAUUGAUUUGCUUCCAGAAAUCAGGGAAUCCCCUCCCAUUCUCUCUGAGGUUGAUGCUGCUCUUAAAGCAAAACAGAUGAAGGCUGACGUCGAUGAGUACCUCAAGACAAAACCGCAAGGAGGAUCUUCAUUUCUAACUGAAUUGAAACAAAGACUGCUCCUUUCACCAAGCGAGGCAGCAUCUGCUGGUACCCGUUAUAAUGUACCAUUAAUGAACUCACUGGUGCUUGAUGUUGGAAUGCAGGCCAUCCAACAACUGCAGUCAAGAGUACCUCAUGCACAGGGAACAGAAAACACUGUUCCACUGUCUGUGUUCCAUGUUAGUGCGGCUUUGGACAUCUUCCAGACCCUAAUAGGAGACCUUGCGUUAUCUUUUUCUUAAUGCAGUUGCUAACCAAUUGCAAUAACCAAACAGCCAUACAUAUCACUUCUCUUUCAUCCUGAAGCAAAUCAGGAAAUUAUCCAAGAGCAAAUUACAAGAGUUCUGUUGGAACGGCUAAUUGUUAAUAAACCACAUAGUUGGGGUCUCCUCAUUACCUUCAUUGAACUCAUAAAGAAUCCAAGAUACAACUUUUUGAAUCGAUCCUUCAUAAGGUGUGCCCGAGGUUGAAAAAUUGUUUGAAUCCGUUGCAAGAUCAUGUGGGGGCCUCAAACCUGUGGAUGAGAGUAUGGUUUCUGGUUUGGUAUCAGAAAAUGCACACUAAGGCUCUGUUUUAAUGUCACGUUAUGUAAAUCUCCAUUCUGUAUAUCAUGAUUUGUUGUUAAAACAAUC